CUCAAACUGAAAAAUAAUAAUGGGGAAGUGCAUAAAGACUUUAAAAUAUCUAUGUGUAGCGUGGACGUUGCUGCAUAUGGAAAUUGCAGCUCAGAACACUCAGAAUAUCAAUGUGUUUUUUAUAAACGAAGUGGAUAAUGAGCCAGCGACCAAGGCCAUCGAGGUGGUGCUUACCUACUUGAAAAAGAAUCCCAGCUAUGGUUUAUCGGUGCAAAUUGAGUCCAUUGAGGCAAAUAAAACGGAUGCCAAAAUACUACUGGAAGCAAUUUGCACCAAGUAUGUGGCCAGCAUUGAGCGAAAGCAAACGCCGCAUCUCAUCCUGGACACCACCAAAUCGGGCGUUUCCUCGGAAACAGUCAAGAGUUUCACCCAAGCCUUGGGCCUGCCUACUAUUAGCGCCUCCUAUGGACAGGAGGGUGAUCUGAGACAGUGGCGAGAUCUGGAUGAAUCAAAGCAAAAGUAUCUGUUGCAGGUAAUGCCACCGGCCGACAUUAUACCUGAGGCAGUGAGAAGCAUUGUCAAGCGACUGAACAUUACCAAUGCUGCCAUUCUCUAUGAUGACACGUUUGUUAUGGACCACAAGUACAAGUCGUUGCUGCAGAACAUUCAGACGCGUCAUGUCAUCACUGCCAUUGCCAAGGACGGGAAACGCGAGCGCGAGGAGCAGAUUGAAAAGUUGCGCAACUUGGACAUUAACAAUUUCUUUGUGCUGGGCAACUUGGAGUCCAUUGGUCUGGUGCUCGAAUCCGUGAAGCCCGCAUAUUUUGCACGCAAUUUCGCCUGGCAUGCGAUCACACAGCACGAGGGUGAGCUGAGGAGUAAGCGUGACAAUGCGACGAUUAUGUUCCUGAAACCCAUGGCGUAUGCGCAAUAUCGCGAUCGCCUCGGCCUGCUCUACUCCACAUUCAACUUGAAUGAGGAGCCGCCGCUGACAUCGGCCUUCUACUUCGAUCUCGCACUGCGCAGCUUCUUGGCCAUUAAAGAAAUGCUGCACUCGGGCGCCUGGCCAAAGGACAUGGAGUAUCUGAAGUGUGAUGACUUUCAAGGCGGCAAUACACCUGAGCGUAAUAUUGAUCUUAGGCAAUACUUUAUACAGGUUAGCGAACCCACAUCCUAUGGCACAUUCGAGCUGGUCACGCAACCGCGCCAGACAUUUAAUGGCUUCAGUUAUAUGAAGUUUGAAAUGGAUAUCAAUGUGCUCCAGAUACGCGGUGGCAGCUCUGUCAAUAGCAAAUCAAUCGGCACCUGGACAGCUGGCCUCGACUCCCCGCUGGUCGUCAAGGAUGAGGAGCAAAUGAAGAAUCUGACCGCAGACACGGUCUAUCGCAUAUACACAGUUGUGCAAGCACCCUUUAUAAUGCGCGACGAGACAGCACCCAAGGGCUAUAAGGGCUACUGCAUUGAUCUGAUCAACGAGAUUGCGGCCAUUGUGCACUUCGACUAUGAGAUUCAAGAGGUGGAGGAUGGCAAAUUUGGCAACAUGGAUGAGAAGGGCGAAUGGAACGGAAUUGUUAAGAAAUUGAUUGACAAACAGGCCGACAUUGGACUGGGCAGCAUGUCGGUGAUGGCAGAGCGUGAGAUUGUUAUUGAUUUCACGGUGCCCUAUUAUGAUCUGGUGGGCAUCACAAUAAUGAUGCAACGUCCCAGCUCACCUAGCUCGCUUUUCAAAUUUCUUACCGUGCUGGAGACGAACGUUUGGCUCUGCAUAUUGGCUGCCUAUUUCUUUACCAGUUUUCUGAUGUGGGUCUUUGAUCGCUGGAGUCCUUAUAGCUAUCAGAACAAUCGGGAGAAGUACAAGGACGACGAGGAGAAGCGUGAAUUCAAUUUGAAGGAAUGCCUCUGGUUCUGCAUGACUUCGCUGACACCCCAAGGCGGCGGUGAGGCGCCCAAGAAUCUAUCCGGUCGUUUAGUUGCCGCCACCUGGUGGCUUUUUGGCUUCAUCAUCAUCGCCUCUUACACGGCCAAUUUGGCUGCGUUUUUGACUGUGUCCCGCUUGGACACACCUGUUGAGUCCCUAGAUGAUCUGGCCAAGCAGUACAAGAUUCUCUAUGCUCCCUUGAAUGGUUCUGCGGCAAUGACCUAUUUCGAACGCAUGGCUAAUAUCGAGCAAAUGUUUUACGAAAUCUGGAAGGAUAUGUCGUUAAAUGAUUCGUUGACGCCACUAGAGCGCUCUAAGCUGGCCGUUUGGGAUUAUCCGGUGAGCGAUAAAUAUACCAAGAUGUGGCAGGCUAUGCAGGAGGCGGGUCUGCCGGCCACACUGGACGAGGCAGUGAAGCGUGUGCGCAACUCCUCCACGGCAACGGGCUUUGCAUUUUUGGGUGAUGCAACGGAUAUUCGCUACCUGCAAUUGACCAAUUGUGAUCUACAGGUGGUCGGCGAGGAGUUCUCUCGCAAACCCUAUGCCAUUGCCGUACAGCAAGGCUCUCAUCUGAAGGAUCAGUUCAAUAAUGCAAUUUUGACCUUGCUCAAUAAGCGUCAGCUGGAGAAGCUUAAGGAAAAGUGGUGGAAGAACGAUGAGGCACAGGCCAACUGUGAGAAGCCGGAGGAUCAGUCAGAUGGCAUAUCCAUUCAGAAUAUUGGCGGCGUUUUCAUUGUCAUCUUUGUGGGCAUUGGCAUGGCCUGCAUUACUCUCGUCUUUGAGUACUGGUGGUACAGAUAUCGCAAGAAUCCCCGCAUUAUCGAUGUGGCCGAAGCCAACUCAACUCAACCCAGUCACAAGGAUGGCGCCAAGGCAACCGAUGGCGUCAUAUUAGGUCACACGGGCGAGAAGUUCGAGAAAUCCAAUGCUGCACUGCGUCCGCGCUUCAAUCAAUUUCCGGCUACAUUUAAGCCGCGUUUCUAGAGGACCUAUAAACAAACUAACAUAUAUAUAAUUUAUUGCGAAAAUCGCAUACAAACAUUGUCUACGUCGAAAGCAACAAUUUUUCACAUUUUUAUGCACUU